AUAUCAGCGACACAUUUCAUAAAAAAAAAAAAAAUCAGAUUUGCAUCUUGCACGUGCGUAAGUGACCUUUUUAGACCGCCCUGCUCUGACAUAAUCCAAGAUGGCAGCCACCGUAGGACGACUACUCAGGACCUCGGUGCGGGUUGCAGCAGGUGGGCUGAAAGUUGCAGCAGCUUGUCAACAUGGAGUCUGUGGGGCCACAAGGGUCCUCGCUGCACCUGCACUUCAGAGAUCCUGUUUUUCCACCAGCACAUCCAGAUGGGCCCCUGCUGUCACUCAGCCCGCUCCUGACUUUAAAGCCACAGCUGUCCACAAUGGGGAGUUCAAGGAGAUGAGUCUGGCUGAUUUCAAGGGCAAAUACCUGGUCCUGUUCUUCUACCCGCUGGACUUCACGUUUGUGUGCCCAACAGAGAUAAUUUCAUUCAGCGACAAGGCAAACGAGUUUCACGACAUCAACUGUGAAGUGGUGGGAGUGUCUGUGGAUUCACACUUCACCCACCUGGCCUGGAUCAAUACUCCACGAAAGGCUGGAGGCUUGGGCAACAUUCACAUCCCCUUACUAUCAGACCUCAGCAAGCAGAUCUCCAGAGACUAUGGAGUGCUGCUGGAGAGUCCAGGUAUCGCACUGAGGGGUCUGUUUAUCAUCGAUCCAAAUGGUGUGGUGAAGCACAUGAGUGUGAACGAUCUGCCAGUUGGGCGUUGUGUAGAAGAGACUCUUCGUUUAGUGAGGGCUUUCCAGUUUGUAGAGACUCACGGAGAGGUGUGCCCAGCCAGCUGGACCCCUGAGUCCCCAACAAUCAAACCGACUCCAGAGGGAUCCAAGGAGUACUUUGAAAAAGUCAACUGAACACUUCAGUGACCCAAAACAUUCAAUGCUACACAUUUAAAGAUCUACUUAGUUUACAGUUUAAGAUGUACUUGGAGCUGAAUAAAUCAGAGCAUUCACCA